UAAUGCCGCCAAUCAAAAGAUCCAAGCCAGAUGGUGGAGUCAAGAAAAUCUCGAUCACGGCUACCGAUGUCACACCUGCAAAGGGUGUGGAGGAGAAAAUGAGCUGGAAAGAGUAUAAAAAGAUGAAGCAGCAUACUGGCGGUGGAACACGAAAUAAGUUAAAGAAGAAGCAGAGGCCUCCAACUGAGAAUACAGAAGGAAGAGCUAAAAAGCCAAAAGUGUUAACAAAAGAGCAGCUUGAACGACAUGAUACAGGAGCAGACCAAAUUGAUCCAUCUUCGAUGCGUUCAAAGCUUCAACAGGAAAAAAUGAAAGUGACGAAGGACAAGUUUCAGAGAAGAAUUGAAGCUACCGCUAAAGCCGAGAAACGUCUUGUUGAAAAUACCGGAUUCGUAGCCCCCGACGAGGAGGAUCACUCGCUGACCUACAGCAUCCGACAGAAAGAUAUCGCUGAAUCAGUUGAUUUGGCUGCAGCCACAAAACAUUUCGAGUUGAAAUUGCCACGAUUCGGACCAUAUCACAUUGAUUAUACGGAUAAUGGAAGGCAUUUAGUGAUUGGAGGACGAAAAGGACAUUUGGCAGCACUUGAUUGGCAAACCAAGCAUCUUCAUUUUGAGCAAAGUGUGAUGGAGAAGGUUUCCGAUGUGAAAUUUCUUCAUACGGAAAACUUCAUCGCAGUCGCCCAAAAAAACUAUACUUAUGUAUACGACAACUUGGGUACAGAACUUCAUUGCCUGAAAACCAUGUACGACACAGCUCGCCUCGAAUUUCUUCCCCAUCAUUUUCUGCUCGUCGGCUCUUCGCGAAAUUCGUUCCUUAACUACGUGGAUGUGUCUGUUGGAAAACAAGUUGCCUCGUUUGCAACGAAAUCUGGAACUCUUGAUGUGAUGUGUCAGAAUCCGGCAAAUGCCAUUAUUCACACUGGACACACAAAUGGAACCGUGUCCUUGUGGUCUCCCAACUCAAAAGAACCACUUGUCAAGAUUUUGACUCAUUUGAGCGCAGUCAAAGGAAUUGCUGUUGAUGAUCAGGGAAAUUAUAUGGCGACCACGGGUCUCGACAGGAAAUGUCGUAUUUGGGAUGUUCGAAUGUUCCGUCAACUUCAUGCAUAUUCACUACCAUUUGGAGUGUCGAACGUGGCAAUUUCUCAAAAAAUGAACGUUGCCUGUGCAGUUGGAAACCAUGUACAAGUGUUCCGUGGAAUGCAUAAUGGGACGUGUAAAGAGCCGUAUUUGGUGCACAAUUGUGGAGGUGUGGUCACUGAUUUACGAUUUGUUCCAUGGGAAGAUGUGCUCGGAAUUGGACACGCAGGCGGAUUCACGAGUAUGUUGGUGCCAGGGGCAGGAGAUCCGAACGUUGAUACGCUCAGAUCUAAUCCGUACGAAACGAAAUCACAGAGAAAGGAAAGAGAAAUCAAACAAUUGUUGGAUAAGAUUCAACCGGAGCUCAUCAGUCUUAACCCAGACGACAUUAACAAGGUCAAUGAGGGACUUCUCGAGUUGGAAGAGGAAGAACGAAAGAAGAUUCUCUACAUUCGUCCGAUGGCUGUUCAAUAUACGCCACGUCACAAGAUGCGCAGCAAGAAGAGUGGUUGGAAGAUGGAGGCUCGUAAGAAUAUUGUCAAGGAUCAGAUUCGAAUGGAACGGAAUAUGGAGAAACAUGCGGUGGAGAAGGAAGUUUUUGAAGCACCGGAAGUGGAUGACGAGGCUCCGAAAAAGAAACACAUUCUGGAUCGUCUCAAAUAGAAGGAUAAUCAAUUUUAUUUUUUGUUGUUGUUGAUUUUGCGUUAUUUUCGUUUUGUUUUUACUGAAUUUUUGAAAUUAUUUCUUUAAAAGAUUUGACAUUUGGAAAUUUAUGAAACGAAGGAAAAAACAAACAGUAAAAUAAAAAAGUAGAAACU